AGAUGGAAGCAUGUUCCUGCCAACCUUGGGAGCAGCUGCCUUAUCUGUGCUUGGCAAUCUUGGUCUGAGCAUCGGUCCUCUGGGGUUUGAUAAUGCAGUUUCUUGUCUUUAUCUAAUUGGUUUUGUCAAAAGGAAGAGGAAAUGUGAAAGGCAGAAGUAUUGGAGGACUACAGAGGAGGCUCUGUUUUCUGCCUGGAGGAUGCAAAUUCUGGCUGCUUUCAGCAUAGUAGUUUUAUUGUAGUGCCAGCUUGUGGACGUGUUGUCUUCCCCAGGCUUGUGCUGGAAAGAGCAGGAGCAGCCAGCUGAUGACUGCUGGUCAUCAUGGGGCAGCGGCGGUUUAUGGCUCUGCUCAUCCUGUAUGUGAGCUUAUUGGGGUACCUGCAGGUUGGCACUGCUCAAAAGAGGCGGCGUGAAAAAGUGAGUGGCAAACUUUCAUUUCCUUCUGAGCUUCCUGCCCUGCCUUUCUCACAGGGUCACGGAGCACAGCAGUCUUGUGCCAUGGGUUCCAUAAUCUCUGAGAAUCUCUCUGGGAUGUUAUCGCUAGGGAGGAAAGAGUGGGAACUUAAGAAAGAAAAGGAUCGAGGCUGGGGAGAGUUCCCAGCAGGGCUGUCUUUCAUCUCGAGCAUCUGUUGCACACAGCAGCCACUGAGCCAGCUUGCUGAGUGUGUCUGCAGGGCCAGCAGUGGCUUGGUGCUUCCACACGCCCUGGGACAGCAGCAGUGUGUUGUGCCUAAGCUCCAUGGGAAGGUGAGCGUGGUGCUGAUCAGCGUUGUGUGCAGUUCAGUUGUUUGCCCUAUCCGUAAAGCUGAAACAACUGUGGCACUUCUACAGCCUGGUUGUUUCAGGGAAGGCUUUCUGCAGUGGAAGGGCCACUGGCGUUUCAAAAUGAUUGCAGCUUUCGAAGCCCAGCCAAUUUCUGCUGCCUUGCUUUUUUUCUCUAGAGACCUGAUUAAUGCUGGAAGUCUGAAACUCCAAGAACUGCUAGCAUUUAGAAGCCAACUUGCAGCUCCCUCUGUGAAAGAGGACCUUUGUGUUUGGCAAGAGGGCAGGUGGGCAGCUUGUAACCAGGACAGGCAGUCUUCCAGGCGUGAAGGUGCUUUCUCUGUCUCGUCUCGUCAGUUAUCCCUGUUGGAGAGUGGAGACUUGUCUCUGCGCAGUGCUUUGCUCUCAGGAGCUCUUCCUCUGCAGAGUCUGAGCUCCCACGUCCUCCUGUUCUCCCUCCCAGCAGCCCAGCCAGGAAUGCAGGGGAUAACCAGAGCAAGGAUUGCUGGCUGUUGGAGGCCGAAGCUUUAAAUAUAGAGGAAGAAGAGCGGUGAGCUCUUUUCUAACCAGUCAGGAAACGUGACUUGCCCAAGAAAACACAGGCCUCUCGUCCUGGCCCGCAGAGUGCUGGCUGCCAGCAGCAGGAGCUCCAUCCAGCCUCAGCCUUGCAGCAAUCUGCUGCUUCCCUUCCGAAUGGAAAAACCAGCCGGGUUUCCUCUCCACAGCUCCUUGUAAAGGUUUCAGGACAGCGUGGGGCGUGAAAGGUGUAUGGAGGCACCGCCGGGCCCCGCGGGAGCUGAGCUCAGCCUCUGCCGGCCCCGGGGCUCUGGCUGCUGGCUGGGAGCAUCGUGAGCUCUGUGGACGUGAUGGAGAAUUGCAAGACCCCGUUGGGCAGAAUUAUCUCCAAAUCCUCUUACAAGCAAAUACAGCAGUUUCUAAACCAUCUCUGUCCAAUGCCUCAUCUCCAGCUGUGGCCGAUCCUUAAUGCUUGAGAGGACAAAAAUCCCUGAAUAAUUCAGCGAGGCAGUGGGGCCGUGCCAUGCAGUGGGGUCAGAGGGUAUCUUUUAACUCAAGUGCCUGUAAUAGCCUGGGGUUUGUUGGAGUGUGCUAUGGGUAAUUAACUGCAAAUGUUGUUGGCCAUGAAAUUAUUUGGUCGUCUUUUUUUUUUUUUCCACGUUCUGCUUGCAAUGCAUACAGACUAAUCCAUGAGCCUGGGCUAAAUGUGCCUGAGCUUUUUGCUCUGCUGGUUUCUAAAUCACAUGUUUCUC